AUGCCUCCACCCAAAGAGCCCAAGCUAGCUAAUCUUCAGAAAAAAGGAUUCCACAAUGAGACAGGCUCGAACAUACAAAAUACAAUUAGGGCGCCGCUUCUUUUUCCAUCGAAGUUGACAAACAACGGCGUGUUCGCAUCUGGUUAUUUUCAGGAAGGGAAUUUUGGCGUGGCGGCAGAACAUUCGACAACAACCUACACGUAUCCCCUUCCAGAUCUAUCCGGUCCUUGUGGACACACUCGACAGCGCGAGCAGCACGCAUUCAGCAGCACCUUUCCAUACAGUCAGAUCUCCGGCCAACAAUAUUGGCACACGAAUUUCAACACAGAGCUUGAUCGCCAGGAGUUCCAGUUUCAGGGGCUUUCGUACGAACACCAGCCACAAGAUCCAGUGCACCAAGUUCCCAACCGUUCCCUUCUCGCUCCUACUCAAGCCCAACCCUGUCACAGCCUGCCAAUCGUGAGCCCUGCAGAAAGGAUCAUGUCCCAAGAACCAGUUCCGGAAUUGCCAACAGAGCGACGUAGCUCUGUGCCAGCAGGCGAUAAUGAAGGUGGCCAGAAAGCGAAAUCCAGCUUCCCCGGGGAAUGGCUCUUCCAUCAGGAGUUCGUACGAGAAUCUUCAGGAGAUUCUGUGAUUGACUUCAACUCUGUGUUUGAUGAGUCGGGCCGCUCAUUUUCAGCGUUUCGAGAGGGCAAAUAUUUGUUUCCAAACGAUGCUGCGGAGCAGGAUCGACUAGACCUGCAACACGCGUGUUUCUCACUCCUCUUUAAGAGAAAGUUGAUCAUGGCACCGGUGCCGGAGACUCCCAAAUGUGUUUUAGAUGCAGCUUGUGGGACGGGUAUCUGGGCGGUGCAGUUCGCGGAGGAGAAUCCCUCUUCCACGGUGGUCGGGUGCGACUUGUCCGCCAUUCAGCCAAUUAAUCCGCCCCAAAACUGCUCCUUCGUACAGGAUGACUGUGAAUCUGAGUGGUUAUACCCCGGUAUAUUUUUAUUUGACUAUGUGCACUUCCGCAUGGUUUUUUCCUGCUUCAACGACACCAGAACAGUUAUCAAACACGCCUACGAUAAUCUUGCUCCUGGAGGCUGGAUUGAGUUCCAAGACUCUGCACUCGAAUUCUUGAGUAUCGAUGGCAGCCAUGAAGGCACUGCGAUGCAGAGAUACUCGGCCGAAGUUAUCAAAGGAGCCGCGGCCUUGGGCCGCAAUUUGCUGACGGCCCGCCAUUACAAAGAUUGGCUUGUUGAAGCUGGCUUUGUCGAUGUCGUAGAGAAAAAGCUGAUGUGGCCCUGCAAUGCUUGGCCGGAUGAACGCAGACUCAAGGCAGUGGGACUUUAUAAUUCCCGAAACAUCACAGAUGGUAUCCGAGGUGUGGGCUGGAAACUACUGCGGGCUGCCGGUUUAGAGCCCCAGGAGAUUGAAGACUUGAUUCUGCAGUUCAAGAAACAACUCGCUAACCCACAGUAUCGUACAUACCUGAACUGUUACGUUGUAUAUGGGCGGGAGCCAUUUAACGGAGAAACCAGCGUCUCCUCUCCGCCAAAAUCCGAGACGGAAGGGUUUCCGCCGGGAUGA